GCUGCAGUUCGGAGCACAUCACCCCCUGGUUCACACACAUACACACACACACAAACACACUCACUCACUCAAUCACACAGCCCGUCUCUGUCCUCCUCUGCAUGAUGGACCCUGAAAUCUGGACCUAAUGGAUUAAUGAACACUUCCAGAAGAUCUGGAUUGUUGUUGAUAGAAAGAUAAUUUGAUUGGAGGUUUACAGGAUUCCUCAAGCAGGUUUUUCCACUGGAUAUUCACUUCAGUAUGAGAACUCCUCUGGUUUUAUUGACAUGGCUUUGCCUGUGGGAAGAGUCAAAGGGUAUGCUGAGGACUACAGGUGGACUAAGUGGAGAAACAUGGAGCCAGAUGAGAGCUGAUGGAGUUCCGGUAAUGCUUAGACGCUCCAAACGAGGGUGGAUGUGGAAUCAGUUCUUCCUGUUGGAGGAAUAUACAGGGAAUGAUGAUCAGUACGUUGGAAAGCUGCACUCUGAUAAAGACAGAGAAGAUGGGAAAGUGAAAUACGUUCUCUCUGGGGAAGGAGCCGGAACCAUUUUCGUCAUCAAUGAGAACUCGGGUGAUCUCCAUGCCACCAGGAGGCUGGACCGUGAGGAGAAAGCAUCAUACACUCUGAGCGCGAAGGCCGUUGAUAAAGCUACAGGUCGAGACCUCGAGGGUCCUUCGACGUUCACCAUCAAAAUCCAUGACAUUAAUGAUAACGAGCCCAAGUUCACCAGAGACCCCUAUGUUGCCUCCGUACAGGAAAUGGCCGAUAUCGGUACCUUCGUUGUCCAGGUAACAGCGACAGAUGCUGAUGAUGCUAUGUAUGGAAACAGUGCCAAAGUUGUGUACAGCAUUCUGCAGGGCCAGCCAUACUUCUCCAUAGACCCAGAGACAGGGAUCAUCAGGACGGCACUGCCCAACAUGAAGCGUGAAAACCGUGAACACUACCAAGUGGUCAUUCAGGCUAAAGACAUGCACGGACAGCAAGGUGGUUUGACUGGGACCACCACAGUUAAUAUCACACUGCUCGAUGUUAACAACAACCCACCCCGGUUUACUCAUGGUGUGUACCAUUUCAGUGUUCCUGAGUUAGCUGAACUGGGGAGUGAAUUAGGCAUGGUCAAGGCUGUAGAUGCUGACACAGGCAAGAACGCUGAGAUGAACUACAGAAUCGUAGAUGAACAGGACACAUUUCAAAUCACCACUGACCCUGCAAGCCAAGAGGGAGUGCUUAUUCUGAAGAAGCCCCUGGACUACGAGAGAAGAGCAUCGUACACACUCAGGCUGCAGGUGGAAAACGUAUACCUGGACCCUAGAUUUCAGAUGUCUGGGGACUCUGCUACAGUGAAGGUCUCUGUGGAGGAUGUAAACGAGCCACCGGUCUUUAAGCGUCCUAUCUACAUGAUGGAGGUCAAAGAAGACGCUCAGAUUGGAACAGUUAUCGGAGCUGUUAGUGCUGUGGACCCAGACGCUAAUCGUAAACCUGUCAGGUACAUGAUUGACUGGCACACAGAUAUGGAUCACGUCUUCAACAUCCAUCCAAAUAACGGCUCGCUCUUCAUCUCACGCUCUCUCGACAGAGAGGAAAAAGCCUGGCACAAUAUAUCAGUGCAGGCUGCUGAAUACAAUGGUCUGAUUGGUCACGUACCCGUCUACAUCAAAGUUCUGGAUGUUAACGAUAACGCCCCGACCUUCGACACGGAGUACGAAGCUUUCAUCUGUGAAAACGCCAAAGUGGGUCAGACAAUCCAAACGGUGAGCGCUUCAGACGCCGACCAGCCAAACAGAGGCCAUCGUUUUUUUUUCCGUUUAGCAUCGGAGUCUUUUGAGAAAUCCAACUUCUCCGUUCGAGACAACAAAGAUAACACGGCUACGAUACUGACUCAGCGGAACGGCUACAGUCGCAUGGAGAGGAAUUUCUAUCUGCUUCCUGUGGUGAUCACAGACGGAGAUCUCCCUGAGCAGAGCAGCACCAAUACGCUAACGAUACGUGUGUGCUCGUGUGAUCGAGAUGGAAACAAGAGGAAAUGCGAGGCAGAGGCAUUUGCACUUAAUGCGGGACUUAGCACAGGAGCACUAGUUGCAAUUCUUGUCUGUAUCGUCAUUUUGCUGAUGAUUGUCGUCUUGUUCACGGCUUUGAAGAGGCAGCGAGUGAAGCUGGAUCCUCUGAUCGUCUCCAAAGAGGACGUGAGGGACAACGUCGUGAGCUACGACGACGAAGGCGGUGGUGAAGAAGACACGCAAGCAUUCGACAUCGGAACUUUGCGAAAAGUCGAAUCACUGGACGACACCAAGCAACGCAGAGACGUCGCACCUGAGAUAAUGCGGCGCUCUGCACCAAAAAUCUACAACAAGUCUGAACCUGACAUCCAGGACUACAUCUCUCAGAGGUUAAGCGAGAAUGAUUCAGAUCCAGGAGCACCACCGUAUGAUUCACUGGCUACGUACGCUUAUGAGGGAAACGGUUCGACUGCUGAGAGUCUCAGCUCUCUGGAAUCAGUCAGCAGCGAUGCGUGGAGCGAUUACGAAGUUCUGUAUGAGCUGGGACCCAGAUUUAAGAGACUCGCGGAAAUGUACGGAGGAGAGGACAGCGACGGAGAAUCGUAACAAAGCAGUAAAGUGGGGUGUGGAUUUGAACAAUCAGUUUGUUAAAACAAGGCCAGGAUUUUAGAAACUGGCAGAAAUCUACAGUACAGAUAAGGCUUGUGGUAAGGACAAAAUUGUGCUUACACAGAACGACUGCUGGAGACAAAUCUGCUGUGUUUAUUAAGGCUUUUAAGAAAUGGAUGGAUUUCUUUUACCAUAUAUUCUCUGAGAAAUAACGCUAACUAUAUAACAAACUAUCACAGGAAGAUGUACAUGCUUCCUGUUUGAGUCUGCAGCCAAAAUGUACAGAAAAGAAAGUGACACAAAAGUCAGUUAACUCCAGAAUAAGUCAGGAAUAAAGGACACAGAAGGCCACAGAUACAGAGACUUCACGAGACUUGGAUGGGGUUUAAGUGUGACUGGAGUUUGAUCUCUGAUUCUUUUACAACAACAAAAUAACGAACGUUCAGAUGUAACUGCAAUUGAUUCCCAAUAAAAAUAUCUGUUACUAAUGACACGACGAACAUAAACAUUAGAUUUAUCAAAGAAGAAGAAAAAAGGUGUGAAUCAAAAUGUUUGUGUCAGAAAGGAGGUCCACGUUUAAUGCAGGAUUUUAUUUAUUUAUUUAUUUAUUUAUUUAUUUAAAUCAAGGAAAAAAUGCUCCAGAAGUGAGGGAAAGAGAAAUCUGACUUUGGGACUGGAAGCAGUUACCAGAAAAAAAUAAGGAAAAUGAGAGACAACAAAACCCAUCCACAAGAAACUUUGAUCAAUUAUGCAACACAUGACAUGGGUCAACGUGCCAGAUCAGUCGGUGAGUCAGUACAUCGGUCAGUCUGUCAUUAAGAGACUCGGGGAGUCACUCAUAACCAUUAGUCAGUCAGUCACAGAGGAGUCUAUAGGUGAGUUAGUACUGUAUGUGCCAGUCAGUUAGUCAGUAUAUGAGGCAAGUGAAACUGUCCGUAUGUCAGUGAGUCAUGGCUCAUCUGUCAGUAUAUUAUUCUGAAAAUCAAUCUGUCAGUGAUUGGUACUUAAUGAGUCAGAUAGUGAGUCAGUCUGUUAAUGAAUCAGUGAGUCAUUGAAUCUGUCAGUUAAUAAAUUGGUCAUUAAUUCAGUUAAUGAGUUAGUCAUUGCGUCAGUCUGUCAUUUAUUUAGUAUGUCAGUCAUGAAUCAGUCAGUGAGUGAUAUUUAGAGUGCAAAAGAAAUUGAUCUGCAUACAGUAACUCCCUGCACACACAGCGCUGGGGUCGGGACAUGACGUGGGUUUUUGGGACGUACCACAUUUGCGGCUGUGAGUUUGACCAGAAUAUCAAACUUAAUUCUAUUGAAAUACAGAUAAACGUAGAUGUAACAUUUACCAAUCAUUAUCCACCUUACCGUAUUGUAUACUAUCAUAUUUUG